CCCGGCCCCGACCCUGGUCCUGGCCGCAGUAAUAUUGGCAGUACAUGUGGAUGGAACCUCACCCAGGCCGACUGACAACACAAACAUUACAGGAGCUGAGGCCCAUUUCCAGGAUCCUUGUGUUCUGACCAUUCCCAUCAUUCCCUCUCCUGCAUUGAUCCCAGCAAACUUUUGACUCCCUAGUUGGGUGAUUGAGGGCUGCAAAGCUGCUGUCCACGUGGACUGGGGCUGAUAUCUCCCGUCCAUCUGCCAGGGCCUCCCCAUCCAAACCCAGAGACAUGGCGACCAAUGGGACCAAGAUUGCAGAUGGGCAGAUUUCCACUGAGGUCAGUGAGGCCUCCAUCACCAACGACAAGCCCAAGACGUUGGUGGUGAAAGUGCAGAAGAAGAAAUCAACAGACCUUCCUGAACGGGACACCUGGAAAGGCCGAUUUGACUUCCUCAUGUCCUGUGUGGGCUAUGCCAUAGGACUGGGGAAUGUUUGGCGCUUUCCUUAUCUCUGUGGAAAGAAUGGUGGUGGGGCAUUUCUGAUCCCUUACUUCCUAACUCUCAUCUUUGCUGGAGUGCCUCUCUUCCUUCUGGAGUGUUCCCUGGGCCAGUACACAUCGAUUGGAGGCCUCGGGGUUUGGAAGCUUGCUCCAAUGUUCAAGGGUGUAGGGCUGGCUGCUGCUGUGUUAUCCUUUUGGCUCAAUAUUUACUACAUUGUCAUCAUCUCUUGGGCCAUCUACUACCUGUACAACUCAUUCACCACAACACUUCCCUGGAGACACUGUGAAAAUUCCUGGAACACAGACCGCUGCUUCUCCAACUACAGCAUCGUAAACACCACCAACAUGACCAGCGCUGUGGUGGAAUUCUGGGAGCGCAACAUGCAUCAGAUGACAGAUGGAUUAGAGAAGCCAGGACAGAUCCGAUGGCCACUCGCCAUCACCCUGGCCAUCGCCUGGAUCUUGGUGUAUUUUUGUAUCUGGAAAGGUGUUGGCUGGACUGGAAAGGUGGUCUACUUCUCUGCCACGUACCCAUACAUCAUGCUCAUCAUUCUGUUCUUCCGAGGAGUGACACUGCCUGGAGCCAGAGAGGGCAUCCUUUUCUACAUCACUCCCAACUUUGGCAAACUGUCUGACUCAGAGGUGUGGCUGGAUGCAGCAACUCAGAUCUUCUUCUCCUAUGGUCUGGGUCUUGGAUCCCUCAUCGCCCUGGGAAGUUACAACCCAUUCCACAACAAUGUCUACAGAGACUCCAUCAUUGUUUGCUGUAUCAAUUCCUGCACCAGCAUGUUUGCUGGCUUCGUCAUCUUCUCCAUCGUGGGCUUUAUGGCAAAUGUGACCAAGAGACCAAUUGCUGAUGUUGCAGCUUCAGGUCCGGGGCUGGCAUUCUUGGCAUACCCAGAAGCAGUAACCCAACUGCCCAUCUCCCCACUGUGGGCCAUCCUCUUCUUCUCCAUGCUGCUCAUGCUGGGCAUUGACAGUCAGUUCUGCACUGUGGAAGGGUUCAUUACAGCCCUGGUCGAUGGCUUUCCCAAAAUUGCUCCGAAGCCGAAGGAGCUCUUCAUUGCCAUGGUGUGUAUUGUCUCCUACCUGAUUGGUCUUUCCAACAUCACUCAGGGGUGGGAUUUUGUGUUCAAGCUUUUUGAUUACUACUCAGCCAGCGGAAUGAGCCUCCUCUUCCUGGUGUUCUUUGAAUGUGUUUCUAUCUCCUGGUGCUAUGGUGUCAACCGGUUUUAUGACAACAUCCAGGAGAUGGUUGGCUCCCGGCCCUGCAUCUGGUGGAAACUCUGCUGGUCCUUCUUUACUCCAAUCAUUGUGGCGGGUGUCUUCAUUUUCAGUGCAGUACAGAUGACUCCACUCACCAUGGGCAAUUACGUAUUCCCCAAGUGGGGGCAAGGCGUGGGCUGGUUCAUGGCCUUGUCUUCCAUGGUCCUUAUCCCUGGCUAUAUGGCUUACAUGUUCCUGACCUUAAAGGGCUCUUUAAAGCAGCGCCUCCAGGUCAUGAUUCAGCCCAGUGAAGAUAUAGUUCGUCCAGAAAAUGGGCCAGAGCAGCCCCAGUCAAGCAAUUCGGCCAAACAAAGAAGCCUACAUCUAGCAGGUUGCCCGUGGCACCAAGACCAAGAGGACGCUGGAGAAAACUAUCACUCAAUCCAACCUGGUUGAACAUGACCACAAAUUGAUGUCUGAAGAUACUAUCGAUCAACCUACCUCUAGUGGCAAAAAGAGACCAUCACCACUCAAAGGGAAGUGACGUGGGGACUGUCAGAUCAUUUGGUGGGCUCCAGUGGGUAGAAACGACUGGCGGCUUUCCAGCAAUCCACAGACUGUUAAUGUUUUUAAUCCUUUCUCAAUAAGAAUUGAAUUAUUGUGGAAUUUGUAAUUAACAAAUAGGGCAUUUUUAUCCCACCUUGUGGCACAACCAAUGCUUUGAGGUUCUGUGCUAUGGAUUUUUUCAUCCUUUUCGUGACCUAUUUCUUACCCACGACUGUUAUCUCUGACUUUGCAGGAGUUCAAUUCCAUUUGAAAGCUGUUUUGUACGUGUGAAUACAGUAUUUUGUAUGCUGAAGAUUUCCAGGGAAAGCUUGCCCUUAAGGUGUCCAACCAGCUCUGUUCUUGGGUUAUUUCUUGCAUUCUUCUCUCUUUGAGGCAGCUUAAGCAGAGUGACGUUAACCACCCGCCCCAAAUCACAUCAGGAAGGUCGGUUUCUUAGAGCACAGUCUUAAUCCUUCCCUAGAGCUGUUCGAAGCAAAACUUUCCAUCCCCAAAAGGAAACUGCCAAUCAGGCUUUUCUAAUGAUCAGCCUGUUUCUCUCUUUCUUGCCCAUAUGGGUGCAGGAAACACAAAAGGAUUUUUUUCCAACCAUUCCAGGGACAAAAAUGUCCCAUUGCUGAAAGUCAGCAGAGGUGGUGCCAUCAUAUGUUGGUCCUAAGAUGCCUGACUAAAAGUACAAAACAGCUGCAGAUUUAGCCAAAUUAAAAGGGCCUGCCCAAGGCUCAGCUCUGACCUGUUUGUUCAUUCACUUCUCCCUAUCAUUCUUGAGUUCUAUAAAGGGGUAAAGGGCUUUCCUCCAUCCCCUCCCUGCUGAUGCCAGUCUGGUCUCCAAGGCCCUAACAAAGUCAAAUGUUAUGCCAAGGACCCCAGUGGCACUUUGAAGAUUUAAAACACACACAUGCACACAACCUUUUGGUUUGGGGGACUUGGGUUGUUCUGCCUUUUUGUUUCCUUUUGAUGGCAUUUGUUGCAGUGACAGUGUCAGUAGCAGUGGCAAGAUGAUGGUGGCCAUGGCGUGAGGACAGUUUCUCAGUAAAAUACUAAAAUUCCAUUCACAGAGCUUUUCUCCUUUGGCAGCUCCAAGUAAGACAUCUGAAAAUUGAAGGAUUCCAGUGUCUGAUUGAGAGAGAGAACUGUGUGAUGCAGCAUGUUUUCGCGACCAACUUUCUGUGCAUCAUAAAUAAGUCCUUAGCGAGCCCACGAACUGCAUAGGGCAAACCUGUGACAAAUAUGGUAACUAACUGUGACUCAGUUUAUCUUUUUGUCGUUUUUGUCUGAAGGUGACCAACAUAUACCCAUUCUUGCAAUAAAGUAUUAUUCUCAGAAUGUUAAGCACAUUAUUGUAGAAAACACAUAUAUACAUAUAAAUAUAUAAAUACACACAGUACAUACACAUCUAUUCUGCUUGCAUCAUACCCAGUCUCACUUUGCAAAACAUUGUUCAAUAGUUUUGAAACCAUUUCCAAGCUGUAAUAUAGCCUCAACCAUAAGGCAUUUUAAAUGUCGAUAGCUGAACUUACUAUGAAACAAAGACAUCUUAUAAAUCUUUGGGGUUUAAGAUAAAAAAAAAGAAGCCCACCACAGUAUAAUCUCAUGCUAUCCGGCCAUCAUUUCCAUGCUGUCUCUGGACUGCCAUUAGAAAAAAAAUAAAACCUCUUCCACCUUUUCUCUUGUGUUAAAUGUUAAGCAGAUCCCAUGUUGUUCUAAGCUCAUUGUCAAGUAUUUCAUGUGUGACUGUAAACAUUUGUAAGAAAGAUGUCUAGCAGGAAGUCCCUGAGCUGGAUUCUGCCCAGACAUCUCAUAUAUAGCACAAAAUUAGUGUUGUAGCCCUCCCUGUGUGAACUGUGAAUAACUGUAACUUUUUGUAGUAUCUGCCCUGAAAGAAAAAAAGAUAUUGUAUUAUCAUAUAUGCUUUUUGCAAUAAGGAAUUUAUUCUCAGAAACACCAAGCAAAUUUAUCUCUAUAUAAAAAUAUAUAUGUAAUAUAUACAUAAAAAUAUAUACAGAGCCUGUUAAAAGAGUACAGUAUUAUUUAGAAGGAAAGAAAAGACCUGUUCUAUGGACCAAAUGAAAAUAUUAUAAAUGAAAAUGCAUUUUAACUGUCUAAAAUGGUGUCAUAAUUAAAGCACGAUUGUUAUGUAAGUUUCCAAGAGUCUAGAGAGACAAUAAAGGUACAUUAUAUGAUA